GCGAGUCCUUCCGGGGCGGAGUUCACCAUGGCGGCGGCCUUGGCUCGGCUCGGGCUCCGGUCCGUGCAGCAGGUUCGGGUUCAAUUCUGCCCUUUCGAGAAGAACGUGGAGUCGACCAGGACCUUCCUCCAGGCGGUGAGCAGCGAGAAGGUCCGCUCCACCAACCUCAACUGCUCGGUGAUUGCGGACGUGAGACACGACGGCUCCGAGCCCUGCGUGGACGUGCUGUUCGGAGACGGGCAUCGCCUGAUAAUGUGCGGCGCCCACCUCACCGCUCAGGAAAUGUUCACUGCCUUCGCCACCCACGUCCAGGCCAGGGUUGCCGCGGAGAGCGGGGACAAGCCGAGCGCUGAUACUGGGAACUGAAAGCUCGGAAGACACCAGCAAGCAGAUUUGAACCUGGGACUAAGACACUUACCAAAGAAGAACCUGAAUUAAUCAUUCAUAUCACUAUCUGGAGGGCCACGGAGCGCCAAAAAAACCCAAGAAAACAACACAAGCAACCGUGACGUCAAUGUCUCUGGGGCCAGAUAAGAUUGUGGAAGGUUCUGUACGAAUUUGAAUUUAUUUCACUUUCUUACCAUCACUCACUGCUUAACCCUUUUGAAUUUGCCUUUUCCCACCAACCACUCACUCAAGGUACCUCUCACUCCUAUUUACCAGAUCCAGUGCAAAAGAACACUUGACAGACUGUACUGUUUUCUCAUCUUUCUACUAGUAGCAUCUGCGGCGCUUAAGUUACUUCCUUGUGGAACUUCUCUCCCUCUGGGGUCCUUUACUUUUCUUAACCAUAAAGGUGUACCACCUUCA